AUAUGUUCAUCCUUGUAGAAAAGAUUUGAUCGCUCUGACUUAAGCUACCAACUGGACAAAAGCAAACGCUUUUCAUCGUUUCUUGUAUUAUUCAUUCAUCAAAGUAAUGAAGUAAUGAAGGACAGUAGAACAGGAGGCUCCUUGUCUCGGAGUAAUAGGGAUUGAAUUCAUUCAGGAAACAUGGAUUUGGUGGCCAUUACAAAACGCUCAGCCGUCCAUGCCAAGCCCAGUGGACUGGUGCUUCAGUAUGGGACAGCUGGGUUUCGAACCAAGGCAGAACAUCUUGAUCAUAUCAUGUUUCGCAUGGGCUUGUUAGCUGUCCUGAGGUCAAAACAGACAAACUCCACCAUAGGCGUCAUGGUCACAGCCUCGCAUAAUCCAGAGGAAGACAAUGGGGUAAAGUUGGUUGAUCCUUUGGGUGAGAUGUUGGCCCCUUCCUGGGAGGAGCAUGCUACCUGCCUGGCAAAUGCCGAGGAACCAGAUCUGCACAGAGUGCUUCUGGACAUCAGUGAGAAGGAGGCUGUGGACCUGCAGCGGGGCGCCUUCGUGGUCAUUGCUAGAGAUACCAGGCCCAGCAGCGAGAAACUUUCACAGUCUGUAAUAGAUGGUGUGAUGGUUUUAGGAGGUCAAUUCCAUGAUUACGGCUUGCUGACCACACCUCAGCUGCACUAUAUGGUGUACUGCCGAAAUACCGAUGGUCAGUAUGGAAAGGCAACCAUAGAUGGCUACUUCCAGAAACUCUCCAAGGCUUUUGUGCAACUUACCAAGCAGGCUUCCUAUAGUGGAGACGAAAACAGAUCAGUUAAGGUGGACUGUGCGAAUGGCAUAGGGGCCCUGAAGCUAAAAGAAAUGGAGAGCUACUUCUCACAGGGACUAACAGUUCGGCUGUUUAAUGAUGGGAGCACCGGGAAGCUCAAUCACUUCUGUGGGGCUGACUUUGUGAAGAGCCAUCAGAAACCUCCACAGGGAAUGGAAAUAAAAUCCAAUGAAAGAUGCUGUUCCUUCGAUGGAGAUGCAGACAGAAUCGUGUAUUUCUACUGUGAUGCAGGCGGUCACUUUCAUCUCAUAGAUGGAGACAAGAUAGCAACACUAAUUAGCAGUUUCCUUAAAGAGCUCCUGUUGGAGAUUGGAGAAAAUUUGAAUAUUGGUGUUAUACAAACUGCAUAUGCAAAUGGAAGUUCAACACGCUAUCUUGAAGAAGUUAUGAAGGUACCUGUGUACUGUACCAAAACUGGUGUUAAACAUUUGCACCAUAAGGCUCAAGAAUUUGACAUUGGAGUUUAUUUUGAAGCAAAUGGUCACGGCACAGCCCUGUUUAGCAAAGCCGUUGAAGUGAAGAUCAAGCAACUAGGCAAGGAGCUAGAGGAUGAGAGAGGAAAAGCUGCGAAGAUGCUCGGAAACAUCAUUGACUUGUUUAACCAGGCAGCUGGUGAUGCCAUUUCCGACAUGCUGGUGAUUGAGGCAAUCCUGGCUCUGAAGGGCCUGACAGUGCAGCAGUGGGACGCUCUCUACACAGAUCUUCCAAACAGACAACUCAAAGUUAAGGUUGCAGACAGGCGGGUCAUCAGCACCACUGAUGCUGAACGACAAGCAGUUACACCGCCAGGACUCCAAGAGGCAAUCAACGACCUGGUGAAGCAGUACAAGCUCUCCCGAGCAUUUGUGCGGCCUUCCGGGACAGAAGAUGUUGUCCGCGUAUAUGCAGAAGCAGACUCACAGGAAAGUGCGGAUAGACUUGCAUAUGAAGUGAGCUUGGCAGUAUUUCAGCUGGCUGGAGGAAUUGGAGAAAGACCCCAAUCAUGUUUCUGAAGACAGUUUCUCCAUUCUGCAAACUGGACUAAUGUUUUUGUAAAACCUUAACAGCAACGGCAGUACUGAGACAUUUCAAUCAAUGUUUACAAUGCACCUUACUGGAUUAUUUCUAGAUUCAUUUUUCUUAAACACUAACAGAACAAUUACUUAGCCUCAUUAAAUAUUAGAUCUUAAAUAUAGAUUAAGUUGUUAAUUUGGUAGUGUUUGCGGGGAGUGAUUUGCAUAGGGUGCUGGAAAAUUAAAUUUUAUUACCAACUCCA